GAAAACAGUCGACAAGAGUGUGAAGACUCAUCUUUUCACUUGUGAUUCUUCUAAAAGUAUGUUCGAAAAUCUUAGCAAGAUAUACAAAAGAAACACCAAUCAACAGAAGUGUAGUCUCCUACAAGAUUUCCAUACGUUCAAAUUCGAGAAGAACAAAAAUGUAGCUAGUAAUAUAAGUAGUUUGCUUACUAUUUCUCACAAACUAAAAAGUAUGAAUGAGGAAAUCAAAGAUAUUAUGUUGAUAGCAAAAAUAAUGUCAGUGUUACCUGAAGAAUAUAGACAUUUCAGUAGUGCUUGGGAUUCUGUAGCUGAUUCAGAGAAAACUUUAGAAAAUCUUCAAGCACGUCUUACAGCUGAAGAAGAGAAAUUGAAAGAAGGAAACAAAGAAAAUGUGGCUUUCAAGGCUUUCAUGAACAAUUCAAGAAGUAACAUUGUUGCAGGAAAAUUCCAAGGAAAAUGUUUCAAAUGUAAUAAAAUAGGACAUAUGGCUAAUAAAUGCCGAAUGUAAAACGUUCAAAUGUAAUAUUUGCAGAAAAGACAAUCAUGAAGAAAAAGACUGUUUCAAAAAUAAAAAAAGUGAGAAAGUCAGUUUUCUUGCAGAAGUGUUGACUGUAACCAAAGAAGAUACUCCAGAAGAAUCAUUAUAUACAAACGAGGACAAAGAUGAUAUAUUCAUUGUUGAUAGUGGAUGUACAAAUCAUAUGGUUAAUGAUCAAUUUAUGCUCACCAAUAUUAAAAAGGAGAAAAACAUGGUAAAAAGUGCCAAGAAGGGGGCAUGCAUGAAUACAAUUGCUGUUGGUGAAUAUCAAUCCAGUAAAAUUGAAUUGAAAAAUGUGUCUGUGGUGCCAGAAUUAAGUAAAAACUUGAUGUCAGUUAAUGCCAUAACUAACAAUGGUGGAGAAGUAUGUUUCUCGGAGUAUACAGUGAAAAUACUCAAGAACGAUGUCGUGGUCCUGGAAGGAUGGAAAAAUGAAAAUGGAUUAUAUGAAGUGUGUCUCAGUAAAUGUCGAGAAGCUCUCCUGACUCAGUCUGACAUAACAAUGGAAUGGCAUAAGAAGUUAGGACAUAUUAGUUUUGACAACCUUAAAAAAAUCUCCAAAAUAUGUGAUGACGUUCCUGAAUUCAACAAUAUAAAAGAAGUGUGUGAAAUAUGUAUGACCUCUCGCCAAAAUAGACUACCAUUUCGAGAAAUAAGGGAAAGAGCUACAAGACCGUUACAGAUCAUACAUACAGAUUUGUGUGGUCCGAUCGAUCCUUCUACUCAUGAUGAUAAACAUUAUUUUAUGACAGUUGUGGAUGACUUCACUCAUUUUACUUCAGUAUAUUUACUGAAGUACAAGAAUGAAGCAGAAAGCUAUUUGAAGGAGUAUAUUAAUAGAGCAGAAACACAUUUCAAUCUAAAAGUGUCAAAAAUAAGGUGUGAUAAUGGUGGUGAAUUCAAAAGUAACGACCUGAAGGAGUGGACAAGACGGAAAGGAAUCAUGAUAAACUUUACCAUUCCUCAUACUCCACAAUUAAAUGGAACGUGUGAAAGAAUGCAUCAGACAAUCAUGAACAAAGCGAGGGCUCUGUUGUUUGACUCAC